CACUCUUCUAUGCUAUUAUCAUCACAAGUAAAAAACUUCAUAUUAUACAACAAAUCAAAGAACAAUAAUGAAGAUCACAUUAUUUCUAUCAUUAUUGGUUGUCCUUGCCAUUGCCUUGAGCACAAAGCCACUUCCCGGGGCAGCUGCGUAUGCCCCGGAGCCAGUGCUCGACACCUCCGGCAAAAAGGUCCGAACUAAUGUCGCUUAUAAUGUUAUUCCUGCUUCGUACCCUUAUGUCGGAGGUGUUUCAAUUGGCAGUGUUAAUCAAACAUGUCCAUUUUACGUUGUAGGCGGAGAUUCUUCCAAUGGUCCCCUGCCAUUAUAUCUUUCACCCGUUAAUGAGAAGAAAGGCGUUAUUCGUGUUCACACUGAUCUCAAUAUUUACUUCUUGGACCCGGGAACCGAUGAAGUAUGUUCCGAUUCAUCGGUGUGGAUGCUUAAGGAUUAUGAUUCUUCGGCCACACAAAAGUUCGUGACCCUUGGUGGCGCAAUGGGAAAUCCUGGAAAGGAGACACUGGCGGAUUGGUUCAAGAUUGAGAAGUACGAGGAUGCAUAUAAAUUUUACUAUUGUCCCAAUGUGUAUUAUGAUGGAAGUUAUCCAUGCAGCGAUAUAGGGAUAUCUGAGGAUGAAUAUGGUAAUAAGCGUCUAACUCUCAGUGAUGUUCCAUACAAAGUUUGGUUCCAACAUGCAUGAAGAUAUAGAAGAACCUAGCUUCAUAUAUACCAAUUAACUGUUAUUUGGUGUUGUAUGUUUUUGAAUAACUGUCAUGUAAUUAACAAUUCAAGUUGAUGAGUUCCUUCUUGUCAUGGAAUGUGAUAAAUAAAUGAACAAGUUGUUUUCUUUA